GUCUUAAUUCAUUCAUUCAUUCAACUACUCAUUCCAUAUCCUCCUGUUUUUCUGCUUUUCUGCUCAAAUGUCCGCGAGCGCCAGCACCGCCUCCACCGGCGGGACAGUCACCCAGAUGCACACUCGCGCGCGCUCAAUUCGCGUCGAGAAAGUCGACAUCGCGUCCGAUUCUGACCGAUCCGCGUCGCCGACCGCGUCCGUCUCGACGCGCGCCAGCUACCCGCCACCUUCCUCCCCGGGCGUCGUCCAGCUCCUGAUCUCGGUCGGCGGGAUCUACGUCUCGUUCCUGACCUGGGCAGUUUUGCAGGAGCGCAUCUCGACCACGCCGUACGGGCCCGAGGGCAAGUUCUUUCGCUACUCGCUCGUCAUCAAUACCGUACAGUCGUUCUGCGCCGCCAUCGUUGGCUUUCUCUACACACUCUACUCCUCCGGCCAGUCGCGCGAGAGCGUGAACGUGUUUCCGAAUCGCAGGAUUGUCAUGCAAUACACGUUAGUAGCCGCCACAUCUUCGCUCGCGAGCCCGUUCGGCUACGCCAGUUUGAACCACAUCGACUACCUCACUCUCUUGCUCGGAAAGAGCUGUAAGCUCCUACCCGUCAUGGCCUUGCACGUCAUCCUCUUUCGAAGGAAGUACUCCUGGAGCAAGUACAUGGUCGUCCUAGCCGUCACCUGCGGCGUCUCCAUGUUCACCCUAUACCAUCCCAGCGCGAGCAAGAAAGCCGCCGCGGGUCGCCAGUCGUCCUCCGCAUACGGCCUCUUCCUGCUCACCAUCAACCUCCUCUUCGACGGCCUCACCAACUCCACCCAAGACCACAUCUUCCGCUCGCAGCCCACCAUCACCGGCCCGAAGAUGAUGUGCGGCAUCAACGUCAUGUCGACCUUCCUCACCGGCCUCUUCCUCCUCUCCCCCUUCUCCUCCGAGCUCUCGAGCGCGAUCGACUUCUUCCGCGACUACCCCUCCGUCCUGCGCGACAUCGUCCUCUUCGCCGUCUGUGGCGCGAUCGGCCAAGUCUUCAUCUUCUACACCCUCAGCAAGUUCGGCUCCCUCACCCUCGUCACCGUCACCGUCACCCGCAAAAUGAUGUCUAUGCUCCUCUCCGUCGCAUGGUUCAACCACUCCCUCUCCCUCGGCCAGUGGCUUGGUGUCCUCAUGGUCUUUGGCGGCGUAGGCGGCGAGGCGCUCACAAAGUAUCUCGAGAAGAAGACAAAGGCAAAUGCAAAAAGAGACGACGAGCUCAAUGGUGGAUUACUCGGGCAUGACGUGAAGAUGAAGUAGACUAUGUCUAGAGAAAAAAUGAUCUUUUCGUUUUUUGAUCUGUUUGAUUUACAUUCUGGCGUUAUUUGAAAUUUUUGUUCUCUCUCAUUCGCAUUAGUUGCGAGAAAGUGGUUUAGAAAAGUAAGACAUAGAUGUUAAAGAUCCA